CAAGGAGCACAUCCCCAGGUACAUCAGCUGUCUGCCUGCUGCAGAGAUGGUGCAAGCAACUCCCUUCCUCCUCGUGCUCUUCCUGGCCCUGGGGGCUCAGGGCCUCUCUGUGAAAAAGUGCUCCCUGACUGGGACGUGGGUCAAUGACCUGGGCUCCAACAUGACCAUCACGACCGUGAACGCAAAUGGUGGCUUCGCUGGCUCCUACCACACGGCUGUGACAGCCACCUCCAACGAGAUCAAGGUGUCGCCACUGCAGGGGGCCCAGCAGAGGGGCCCUAACCAGAAGGGCCAGCCCACCUUCGGCUUCACCGUCAACUGGAGCUUUUCAGACUCCAUCACUGUUUUCACGGGCCAGUGCUUUGUGGAUGAUGAUGGAAAGGAGGUUUUGAAGACCAUGUGGCUGCUGAGAUCACGUGUGGAGAGCAUCAAAAGUGACUGGAAAGCCACCAGGGUCGGCACCAACAUCUUCACCCGUCUGCAGUCAUAGGUGUGAGGGUAGCAGCGGGGGGCUCCCGGGCCAGCAGCAGCGCCAGGGCUGUGGCCCCUGCUCCUGCAGCACCACCUGCUUCUCCCAAUAAAGCUUUGCUGCAAAUA